GCUUUGAAAUGUCUUUAAGAAAGAGUCUUUAUAAACAGAGCUUGAAGAAUACCGCGUUUCCGGUAAAUUCUGGCGAUUCGAGUACCGAGGACAGAUAUUGGAUUAGAGAUUGGUACCAUCCUCAAAAAGUCAGUAAGGAGACCAAUUUUUCUCACCAAAACAUUAUGUCUGCACAAAGCCCUUCUGGCGUACUCACACCUCACGAAUCGACUCCCCAACCUCAACAGUAUCAUCAGGCAUCCCAAUCACAAACUCCACAACCUUCAAAAGCCUAUGGAUUUAAGAUAAAAGCUUGGAUUACGGUUGAAAGAGACCCCUAUAAAGAUUGCAUUAAUGAGGAUGCCGACACCGUUUUGUCAUUGACAGAUCAUCCUUAUCUGUCUAGUGUGCUGGCAUCCAAAGAUUUUUCUGCUAGUGGACCGGGUGGUUUGACUGAUGCAGAUAUUAAGUCUGCCGUAAGCGGAACAGGAGAUGGUAACAGGCUUUUUUCGAGCAGUGCGCAGCAUGAGUUGCAAGAGUCUAAAAAUCUAGCUGAUAACACCCUGUCAAACCAAGAAGACGCUUCUGAAAUGAAAACGGAUUAGACUUUGAUGAGGGCACGUCCGAUUAUAAAUUGCCUUGGUAGCAAAGAAUCUUAAUUGUCCGCCACGGAGCACCGCGUAUUCGUUUCUCAUAUAAAUUGAGAAUAUCUGGAGAAUGGUUAUUAACCACAGUUGAUGCGUAUUUGAAGUAGCUGCAUUAACAAUGGAGCAAACACACAACUUUGACAUCAGUAUUGUCUUUUU